AUGCAAGGAGACAACCGGCCUAGCGGUCAGCCCCAGCAAGGCGGCUACCCGCAGACCUUUGCAACUGAUAUGCGCCGCGCCGAGAUGGGCAGUACCGGGCAUGAGAGUUCUGGCGACCACGGAUUCCACGACUAUACCACCGACAACAGCGACACUGAGGCAUACGACAUGGCCCAACUCGUACGCUCCCCGUCGCAGACGCCAUUCGCCCAGCAGAGCUUCUCCCUUCCUCCAGGAGCAUCCUCAAGCGCUGGUGCGACCACCGAGACACUGGUCAGCGGCAACAGGCUCCCAUCUUCCUCUUUUGGCCGCCAAUCUCCAGAUCGCGCUUCGGCCUCGACAAGCGAUCUUCCACGGCAGCGCCACGCCCCACUUCGGUCCGUCGACUUCACCACUGUGCCCUUAAACGACACGUUCAGUUCUUCGCUGCCACCGUCGCGCUCCGGAUCAACAGCUCCAGUCCUGCCGCAAUCCAACCAGCCUGUCCCUCGGACCCGUAGCAAGCUUGGUUUUAUUCCCCUUACUGGUACUACCGAUACCAGUGCUGCCGCAAGCACCAUUUCGGUUGACACGUCUGACGUGAAUGAGAAACCUGUUCGGCCCAAACUCGGUCACAGUCGCCGCGGCAGCUGGGCCGAGUUCAGCAACGAGUGGGAGUCGUUUAACCCCGCCAAUGCAAAAGAUGAGCGCCUCCGCUUCGCCGAGGGCGACGUCGGCAAGACCCGACUUAGCCGCAUGUACCUUUGGGCAAUCAACCGCAGCAUCAUCGUCCGCUGGGCUCUCUUCAUUAUCCCUUUCCUGGCGCUCCUCUGGAUUCCCGGUAUUCUCGGCGUGACCGCGUACCCCAACUCCCACAUCUGGGGUGUCAAGCUCCUUUGGUGGUCAAUCUGGUUCACGGUGGUGUGGUGUGGCUUCUGGGGCUCCAAGGCGGCGUUCAUGAUCUUCCCUCACGUGUUCAAGCAGACCAUCGCCGUAAUCAUUCCUUCGAUGGGCAGGUUCACAGACGUUGUCAAAAACCUUGGCCACUUUGGCAAGAUUAUAAUCUGGUCGCUCAUCUCGUGGAUCUCCUACACACCGUUAAUCUCGCGUCGCUUUGAGGGUGACCAGGAGUCGCCCUCGCGAGCCAACCUCAACCUCAUUGGCAAUCUCCUGUUCGGCUUCUUUCUCUGCACUAUAGUCUGGGGCGUUGAGAAGCUCGUCGUCCAACUCAUCGCCCUCCAGUUCCACCGCGAUUCGUACGCCGACCGCCUUGCCGACCAGAAGUGGCAGUCCCAGAUGCUCACUAGGCUGUACAUGAACUCGCACGACAUCCCGGGUCGCAACGACACUCUCGACGACAACUCGUCGGUUAAGACGACUGCUGGCCGCAAGGCUAUUCGCAAGGUGCUGAAGGGUGUCAAAGCUGCAGCGCAGAGCACCACCAACGCCCUGGGCAACGUUGCCACCGAGAUGGCUGGCUCGUCGGUUCUUCAGACCAACUCGCCCGCCAACAAGGUUACAACCGCCCUCGCCUCGGCGAACAAGAGCAGAGCUCUCGGCCGACGCAUCUACUACUCGUUUAGAAAGCCGGGCUCGGACCACAUCACGAUAGCCGACAUUGCGCGCUACUUCCCCGACCUGGAGAGCGCCGAGCACGCCUUCUCCAUCUUUGACCGCGAUGGCAAUGGCGAUGCGACCCGCGACGAAAUCGACGCUAGCAUGCUCGAGAUCCACAGAGAGCGCAUGUCGCUCGAGGCGAACAUGCGCGACCUUGAUGGUGCCGUCCGCCGCCUCGACGACAUCCUCCUCAUCCUCGUCACCGGUAUAUGCAUCUUGGUCAUGUCGGCCAUGAUCACCACCAAGGUCUCCACCUUUGUCACCUCGACCGGUACCUUCAUCCUCUCGCUCUCGUGGAUGAUCGGUACGACGAUGCAGGAGAUCCUCCUCGCCUGCAUCUUUCUCUUCGUCAAACACCCCUACGAUGUUGGAGACCGGGUCGACAUUGACGGCAAGUCGUACACAGUCGCAAAGAUGGAGUUAAUGUCGACUUCGUUCAAGCGCACAGACGGAAAGUUUGUCUGGAUCGGCCACAACGUGCUCGCCCUCAAGGUCAUCGAGAACGUCCGUCGGUCGGGUGCCACGUCCGAGUCGUUCACCUUUGAGGUGGCCUUCAAUACUACGUUCGAGAAGCUUCAGGCGCUGCGCGUUAUGAUGCUCAAGUUCUGCAAGGAAAACUCGCGCGACUUCCGUCCCGUCUUCGACGUCGCUGUCGAUGACAUUCCAGCCCAGGGCAAGAUGGUCCUCAACGCCGACAUUGCCUACAAGUCGAACUGGCAGCAGGGCGCCCUCAAAGUUCAACGUCGCAACAAGUGGGUCUGCCACCUCAAGAUGUGUCUCGCGGAUCUCCAGAUCUGGGGUCCCGACGAUGCUGGUGACCCGGCGCCUCCUCCCGCUGAGGCUAUCCGGUACACCCAAGUCCCAUGGGACGAGGUACGCGAGGCAGAGCUCGCCGCUGAACGGUCGCCCCCUCCCUCGUUCUCCGCUGCGACUACUGGCGCCAAUCUCACACGUAGUCACGACUCGUCGCUCGACCUGUGGGGCGAGGCGUACCCCGAGGUCGACUCGGUCGGACCAAGCCGCAUGCCUUCGCCAGGUCCUUCAGCGGCCUUCCAAAUCGGCACCCCACCACGCCGCAGUAUCCCUCUGCAGCAGCAGGCGCAGAUUCGCGACAUGCACUCCGUGGCGCAGCAGGCGGGCCAGCAGGGCGACUCCCGUCCGCCCCCGCGUGGCGCUUCGCGCAUCUAG